UCCGCUGUGCCGAGCGGGGUUUUGUAGCGUUAAUUUACACUUCUGCGACAACAACAAAAAGGAUAACACUUGAAACGUGAAUCCAUUUUGCCUGUCUUUAUUAAUGAUGGAUGUGACUGAAGCUGCAGUUUCCUGUUGAUGUGUUUCUCUUUGUGGGCUGUGAUGUUGCCUCCUUCACAGAAACUGGCUCAGCCUGAGUUUGCGGUAUGACAGGAAUGAAGAGAGAUGUGCAAGAACUGUUCAUAGCUAUUUUCAAAGUCAGCAUCUCGUUACCUUACAGUCAAGAUUUCCCCUACAGAUUUUCAAAUGAAAAUGGAGGAUAUGCCCCUGUCAGGCCCAGACAACACCAGGCUGGAGGCCAUGGUCCAUGACAUCUACUCUGAACUGGUGGAAGAUGCCUGUUUGGGCCUGUGUUUUGAGGUGCAUCGUGCUGUGAAACAGGGCUAUUUCUUCUUGGAUGAAACAGACCAAGAGAGCAUGAAGGAGUUUGAAAUUGUGGACCAACCAGGAGUUGACAUAUUUGGUCAGGUGUACAAUCAGUGGAAGAACAAAGAGUGCGAGUGCCCCAACUGCAAAAGACUGAUAGCGGCUUCUCGCUUCGCACCGCACUUGGAGAAAUGUCUCGGCAUGGGACGCAACAGCAGUCGCAUUGCCAACCGCAGGCUAGCCAGCAAUAAUAACAUGAGCAAAUCAGAGAGCGAUCAGGAGGACAACGAUGACCUCAACGAUAACGACUGGUCGUAUGGAGCAGAGAAAAAAUCCAAGAAGAGAAAGUCAGAUAAGAAUCAAAAUUCACCAAGAAGAUCCAAAUCUCUUAAACAUAAAAAUGGUGAGCUGGGGAGCAGCGUCAGUUCGGAGCCUUAUAAGUACAACUACAACACUGGCAUCAGCUAUGAAACAUUAGGCCCUGAUGAAGUCAGAUCCCUUUUGACAACGCAAUGUGGGGUGAUCUCAGAGCACACCAAGAAGAUGUGUACCAGGUCUCAGCGGUGUCCCCAGCACACGGACGAACAGAGGAGGGCCGUCAGGGUGUUCCUCCUGGGGCCGUCCGCGCCGUCACUGCCUGACGCAGACGCUGUGGUGGAGAGCGACAACUUUGACAUUCCAGAUGGGCAGACCCUGAUGAGCCGCCUGCAGUGGGAAGACUCCCCAGAUAUUUCCCCCACUGACUCUGCCUCAUCGAAAGCCAGCACCAACCACUCAGAUUCUAGGAAGCCCAAGAAAAAGAAGAGGACCUCUCUCGGUUUGAGCGGCGCAGGAGGAGGAGGAGGAGGAGGUGGUGGUGUAGGAGGAAGUGGAUGUCUGACCGGAGGCGGUGUCGGCGUCGGCGGCAGCAGCAGCAGCAGCUCUCAGAGUAAUAUCAGCUUAUCGACCAAAAAAAAGAGGCCCAAACUCUCAGCACCUUCUAUUUCGAGUAUCUACGACGAUUUAAACUAGCGUAAUCCCUCUUUUUUUCUGUCUGACCAGCUCUUGCCUCUUCUUCAUCCACUCCCUCCGUUCACACCUGCCCUUUAUUUGCAGGUCUGAACAGGUUUGGGAUUAAACUUGAUUUAGUAGUCAUUCAGCCUGUAAUGAGUAAGGCAUCUCUAUUUUAAUGAUUCUUUUUCUGGAUUAAGAACACAGUGUUGUAAAAAAAAAUUGUGGCCAGUCACAGAGUCCAAUCAAUACCUGCAGACAUAUUGACCCCAAACUAUAAUAUUAUAUCCUGCAAUUCUGGUCAUUUUGGACAUUUAGGUCAAAAACAACUUCAUGCAUUUAGAUUUUUUUGUUAGUGACUGACUGCAGGCUCCAAUUGUAAAUCAGAAAGUGUGUCCUCAUCCCAAUUAAAUCACUAUGGCUAAACAUAUGUAGACACCUACAAAAAUACGCCCAUUCAUUUUGCAACUUUGCUGCAGUGUAGUCGGCCAGUAAUGUUGGGCAAUAAAAUCUAUGAUGGGGUUGAAGCCAGCCGAGAUCUUUCACGUUAAACCUGAUAAACUGUUUCUUUAUGGAUCUGGCUAAUGCAUGGAGCAUUGACAUGUUGAACCAGGAAAUAACCUCCCCCCAAACUGUUGUCUCAAAGUUUCCAUCUAACUAUCAUUGUAUGUUGCAGCAGAUUUACAUGGGGUGUCUACAUAUAUUUGGCUAUAUAGUGUAAGCAGCUCGAAGCUCUAUACAACAUUAUCACUGCAGUCUAUCUCCCUGAUGCACUUUUUUCUGAAUGCCUAAUUUAAAAGUAAUCUCUACUGUGUUUUUGGUGGGAAAAAAUAUAAUAUAAUAUAAUAUAAAAGGCUUAAGACACCAUAAUUAGAGGUUUUAAUUUGUCCACUUGUAUCUGAAAGUGUAAGGCACGGAGAGUAAAUCACUUUCAAACGGUAUUUUUAAAAAAAGAAAAGGUUCUUAAGCUCUCAAAUGUGGCUUUGUGAAACCUUCAGGUGUUUGCGACCUCGUGACCCGUCCCUCCUUUUUUAGACUCGGUGAUCACUCUUCAGCUCGGCUUUCAAUUUAACA